AUGGCUUAUGCGAAGAGGGGAAGCUCAAGGAUGGUAAUGAUGGCCUGGAAGAACAUGUUAAACAACGGCCGCACCCCAGACUUGAUCGCGUACACCUCCAUGAUCAGAGGGCUGUGCGAGGCCGGGAUGGUGGAUGGAGGGAUGAGGCUGUUGAACGAUAUGCUGGCUCGCGGAGACGUGGAACCGGAUGCCGUCACCUAUAACGUAUUGUUUCAUGGUUUGUUGGAGGGCGGUAACCUCACCCGGGCGAUGGAUUUGCUGGGUCGGAUGUUGGAUAGGGGGUGCGAUCCGGAUCCGGUCACCUGCAACAUAUUUUUGAAAUGGUUGGUGGUGGAGGGAAAGGGGAGGGAGUUUUUGGAUGGCUUGGUGGUGAGGCUGAUCAAGAGGGGGAGGGUGGAGGGUGCUUCUGAGAUUGUGGAGGUGAUGCUGAGGAAGUGUCUGGCUCCGGAAGCAUCCACUUGGGAGAAGGUGCUGAGAGGAGUUUGUAAGAGGAAGAAGGUUUGGAGGAUUAUUGAUAGUGCUGGGUGGAGAUGUGGGGAUAAAAGUUUUGAAUAG